UGUAAAAGUCGACGCCAUAACAAACCAAUCAGUUGACCUUGAUUUGCAUCAUUUCUCUACCAAGAAUAUAUACGAGAAUUUGACCCUAACUAGCGGAGCAAAUCACAAUAACGUUAAAGUACAAGGGUCAAACUGAAACUCUUUAUUGGGAUCCGAGGGGACCGGCCAUCGGGUUUAUUUUUACUCCGUAACUCUCCACUGCUCCGCCGGAGGAGCUCUUCGAUCGGAAUACGUUAUAGCGAUAAUCUCGUUUCCUUUGCUAUUGGUUAGGGUUGCCAUUUUUCUAUAUUCAUAUAAUCAAAUGGCUAGCACUGCAUGUUUUAUGAUCAUUAGCAGAAAUGACAUUCCUAUAUACGAUGCAGAAGUUGGAAGUGCUCCUAAAAAAGAGGAAGCUGCACAUCAACACCAGUUCAUUCUCCAUGCAGCUUUAGAUGUUGUUCAGGAUCUUGCAUGGACAACAAGUGCCAUGUUUUUGAAAUCAGUUGACAGAUUCAAUGAUUUGGUAGUGUCAGUAUACGUUACAGCCGGUCAUACUCGAUUGAUGCUGCUUCAUGACUCACGUAAUGAUGAUGGAAUCAAGACCUUCUUUCAGGAGGUUCAUGAGCUUUAUAUAAAGAUUCUUUUGAAUCCUCUCUAUUUACCAGGAUCUCGUGUCACAUCUGCACAUUUUGAUACAAAGGUCCGGGCCCUUGCAAGAAGAUACCUAUGAGGCCCUCAUCUUAAAGCUUCAAAAGGGUAAAUUUGGAAUUAAGUUUAUUCAUAAUGCGGUUAUUUUGUUUUGAUUCCGCUAUAGAGUAAGGUAUAAUUUUUAUAUACUUUAGCAUAUAAUGCUAAGAAUUGAUGACAAAGUCUAUCUACAUGUUUGUUAUGAUGGAAUCAAGGAAGGAAUGGAAUAGUUGAUUCCAUAGAAAUGAAGAAAAAAAAUGUGUUUGUUUUGCCGGAUGGAAUAGACCAUUCUUGAAACGGAAUGUAAUUUCUUCCUAUUUGUUAAUUUCCAUUCAUUUGCCAA